AUGAUUACACCCAAAGGCCGUCUCGUCGACUCCCCUGGGCCCGUAAUUUUCGACUACAAGGGAAACCUUGUCUGGACAACGGAUGAAUUUGGACAGGUUGCAGAUCUCCAGGUUCAAACAUACAAAAACACGCAGUACCUCACGUUUUGGAAGAGCAUAGAAGGAAUAUAUGCUGGUUUUGGGCGGGGAGAAUAUCUGAUGCUAGACGAGAACUACCAAGUCUUUCGCACCUUCAGACCUAUCGGAGACGAUCUAAUGGGAGAUCUGCACGAGUUCAAGGUCACUGACGAAGGGACUGUGCUCAUGACGGUGUAUGCUCCUAGAAAGGCAGAUCUCAGUCCUAUCGGGGGACCAGAGGAGGGCUGGAUAGUCGAUAGCAUGUUCCAGGAGGUUGAUAUCGAAACUGGGAAGCUGCUCUUCCACUGGCACGCCUCUGAACAUGUCGAUAUAGAUGAGACGAUCCGAUAUUUUGCUGGCGCAGAUGACGGAGAGAGCCCUCACUCUGGAUUUGAUUUCUUCCACAUCAAUAGUCUUGACAAAGAUGAAAAAGGGAACUACCUCGUCUCGGGGCGCCACACGAAGACCAUCCAUUUGAUUAGCCGCGAAGACGGCAAGAUCAUCUGGACUCUUGGCGGCAAGAAGAACAUGUUCGAAGACUUAUCAGAAGGUCUUGCCACCGACUUUCACUAUCAACACCACAUCAGAAUGCAUGAGAACAACACAAUCUCUCUUUUUGACAAUGCUAGAGCUGAAAGGCAAGGCCCCAAGAGUCCCCACGACUACAGCCGCGGUUUGGUAAUCCAGCUCGAUGACAUCAAGCUCACUGCCACGCUUGUACAGCAGUUUUGGGACCCUCAGCAUCCGAAACACCCCGACUCACAGGGAUCGGCUCAGCUGAUCGAGGAGACAGGUGGCAUGCUUGUCGACUACGGCAUGUAUCCCGCCUUCACUGAGUUCGGUCCGGACGGCGAAGUUCUCUGCGACGUCCGCAUAGCCCCCUGGGUCCUAUACCGCGUCGGUGCUGUCGUCAGUUACCGUGGCUUCAAGGGUCAUUGGGUCGGGAAGCCCACGAGUCACAUCAACGUCUACCUCAAACCAUCCGACGGCGUCUUGUACGUCAGUUGGAUCGGGGACACGGAGGUCAGCCAAUGGGUCUUGCAGGGCGCAGACUGGGAGGACGUAUCACGGGAACGAUGGAUGAACUUGGUGGCCAGACCCAAGGACGGGUUUGAAACUGGCUUUGAUAUGGAAGAAGAUAUGCCCGAAUAUGUUCGUGUCGCUGGCGUGGCCAAGAACGGCAGGAUUCUCAAAUACUCCUCUGUGAUCAAGAGGACGUAUGGGAACGCCAGAUCUCCAGAUCAAUUGCUGACGAUCUUGAAGACGAUCUUGACAGUUUCCAAAUUAAGCAUUUUUAUAUUUGUGGUCCUGAUCCUAUUACGGUAUGCAGGACUUUUCCGAGCAUUCAGGGCACGCUCGGUAAACAAGGCAAUUGGGUUGUCUCGUCUUUGGGGCUUAAUUUCAACGACGUUGUGGAAGAAAAGGGGUGUGAUUCUUUCCCAUUCGAGAUGGAGAGGGUGGGCUUUUGGGAAGCCGGAUGA